AUGCACCUCGCGCUUUGGCUCCUUGUGCUGCUGGUCGCGAUGGCCGUCGACGCGAUCGCCAAUGGCUGUGAGCAGUGUCGUCUCACGGGACAGUGCGCGCAAGCAGCAUACCACAACGUAUCGGGCCACUACUGCGGCGAGUACCUUUCGCACAACGACAACUCGACUGUCUUGUGCUGCUGCCCCACCGGUCGUCUCUGCAACGCCACCACGACCACCUGCAACUGCGCCAGGCCCACCACGACGAACGAAGCUACGGUCACAACACCACUGGUCUGCCUGGCAGCGUUCUUUCUCGUCUUCUUCAGCGGGCUCAUCUGGUGCAGCAGCCAGCGCAGCACGGCAGUGCACGAUGCAUCGUCCUACGUCCUCUACAAAGACACCGACUCGACGGAAUCGUCGGCGCGCGAGAGCGAGAUCGGUGACUUUAUCGGCAGCCACAACGACAACGCGAGCAAGCAACUCAAGGUCCAGUAGCACACGCGCGGUGGGCUCGUCGCGUUAGACUUUGUAUGGUUGGCUGUCGUGCAUCGAGUCCAACUUCGUUCCU